CGAGCUCCCUCCGCCACUUGGAAAGCGACAAACUCGUCGCCCAUGACACCGCCGAUGUGCAUGGGCACGCCGGCCUUGCCAACAUGACGACCACUCCGGUGGACGCGGAGAAGAGCGCGGGCCUGCGCUUCGCCGAGUCGCAUCACCAGCCCGGCGGCCACUCGCACACGCACCACGCGCGCGAACGCCUGCAGCACUUCUUGCAUCCCAACGGAAGGAAGAUCCACGUCGUCAACUCGCCGACCGACGAGGCGCUCUUGCGGCACCGCCUGAGGCACGCAAUCAGCCAUGGCAGCAGCGGCAGCGGCAGCGACAGCGGCGGCGACGACCAGGACUUUGACAUUUACAUCUCCGGCUCGCCGGAACACCUUGAGGCGCUGCGCGCCGCGCAUAUCCACCACUCGGAUCGAAGGGAGCAGUUGCGCGCCGAGCAUGAGGAGAUGUACCAGCGGUUUGCCGACGUGCAUUAUGAGCUGGAUGCGCUGAGCCACGAGCUGGACCGCGUGACGACGCAUGGCGUCGCGUUGAAUGCACAUUUCGACAAGUUCGGGUAUGAUGCGCAUAUCAAGACGUACGAUGAUGACAGUGAGCCUGGUUCGGGUGCUGCGACGCCGAGGUCGUCGUUGUCAACUACCAGGAGCAAAGAGGGCAAGGCGGAGAAGGGGCUGGGCAAGCCGCUCAAAAUCUUCCAGGUUCCUGUGCUCCGGCAAUACUUCUACAAAGGCCAUCUCUGGCGCUCGGCCGAGGCGGAAGAGGUGCAGUCCUUUGAAUUGUUUGUCGACCUGCUCUACGUCGGUAUCAUCGCCGUCAAUGGUGAUUUGGCCGCCGAUGAGCCCACGGCCUACACACUGCUGAAGUUCAUCAUCACCUUCACGCUAUCGUGGAAGAUCUGGAAUGACAUGACGUUACUGGUGUCGUGGUUCGAGAGCGACGAUUUGCUGCAGAGAGUCUCCAUCUUGCUGCUCAUGUCCAUGCUGUUCGGCUACACGACCAACAUCACCGAAGCCUUCGACGGCACGUACCCCACGCUUAUCGGAUUCUACAUCGCCGCAAGGAUGUAUAUCAACGCCUUCUUCCUCCUGGUUGCGCUGACAGUGCCAACGAUACGGAAUGUAAUGUUCUGCCAUAUAUUCAAUUCUUUGGGUGGAGUGGCGUACUGGAUUGUCAGCAUACAAUUCCCUUACCCCCUACGACUGAUAUGGGUCUGGUUGGCCAUCAUUGCCGACAUACUGGGUCCAGUUGCGUGGCAGUACGCCAUGGGCCAUAUGAAGAGGAUUUCCCCCAGGGCGCAAGCCUGGAUUGAUGAGAAUUUUCAGUUCUGGCCGGCGGUCAACAUCGAGCAUCGUACGGAGCGCAUCAACGCCUUUGUCACGCUGGUGUUCGGCUAUUCCGUCGUGUCGAUGCUCUACCAGUCAACCCAGAACGGCAUCGACACGCACUACGGCAAAGCGGUGCUGGGCAUCACGCAGGCCUUUUGCUUCAACUGGAUGUACUUUGAAAUCGACAGCUCCGGCCUGCACGUCCACGCCAUCCGCCGGCACAAGUUCACGGCGUUCAUGUGGGUCUUCAACCACCUGCCCUUCAUCAUGGCCUUUGUGCUCGGCAGCGGAGCGUUGUCACGCCUGGUGCUGGCCGUCGAUUGCGCAGACUCCAACAUUGACGCCCUCACGGAAGAGUAUCGUCUCAAAGCGGUGAAGGUGAUUCCGCAGGGGAUCCGCUGGUACUACUGCGCCGGCUACGCCAUCGCGCUGGCCUUUAUGGGCCUCAUCUCCGUCACGCACGUGCACAAGGAGAUUACGACGGCGCGGAUGAAGAAGCGGUGGCGCUUGUGCGGGCGCUGGCUGAUCUGCGUCGUCAUGCUUUUCCUGCCGCUGGCCGGCGAUCGGCUGAAUUCCCUGCAGCUCGUGGGCAUCAUGACGGCGCUCGUGGCCUUGUCGCUCGGCGUGGAGCAUUGGUGUGCGACGUGUGCGAAGCAGAAAUUGUUCUCGCGGCAGCUGCCAUGCAAGUACACGGGGCGGUGUAAGAAGAAGGAUUUGGAGGCGAUGGUCAAGCACGGGCAGGAGAUGGAUUUGGAGCGGGUGGGCAGUGGGAAGGAUAGUGGGUGUGUGGUGGCCGGUCUUGGAUAGAGGUUUAUGUUUGAACAUACGACGUACAUGCAGCUAUGAUUCGC